AUGGCACGUCAGCAGCAAGACGUCGACGAGCUUUUUGACGUUAGAAAUCAUUUUUAUAUCGGCAAUUAUCAGCAAUGCAUCAACGAGGCGCAAAAAAUCAAGUCAUCCUCUCCAGAAGUGGUUAUGGAACGCGAUGUGCUUCUCUAUCGUGCCUAUAUAGCGCAAAGAAAGUUUCGUGUGGUAUUAGAUGAAAUCAACAAUUUGUCUCCACCAGAAUUGCAACCACUGAAAACUUUAGCCGAUUAUUUCGCUAAUCCACAUCGUCGGGAGGCCAUAAUAGCUGAACUUGACAAGGAAGCCAAUCAUCCAAAUUUUGAUAAUCAUAAUUUCCUGAUCGUAGCUGCAACUAUUUAUUAUCAUGAAAAGAAUCUGGAAGCCGCUCUCCGAAUAUUACAUGAUGUCGAUCAUUUGGAAUGCAUGGCAUUGACACUACAGAUAUAUUUAAAAAUGGAUCGUCCAGAUUUAGCUCGUAAGGAGCUCAAGAUGAUGCAGGAGAAGGAUGAUGAUGCUACUUUGACUCAACUCGCUCAAGCAUGGGUUAACAUUACCAGCGGUGGUGAUAAACUACAAGAUGCUUAUUACAUUUUUCAGGAGAUGAUUGACAAGCAUUCCAGUACCAGUAUGUUAUUGAAUGGACAAGCUACUUGUUUUAUUGGACAAGCUAAAUAUGAAGAGGCAGAGACAGCUUUGCAAGAGUCUCUUGAUAAAGAUAGUAAUAAUCCAGAUACAUUGAUCAAUAUGAUUGUUGUCUCCCAGCAUAUGGGCAAACCACCAGAAGUGGCUAAUCGUUAUUUAAGUCAGUUGAAAGAUUCCCAUUUGGAGCAUCCUUUUGUCAAAGAAUAUUUGCAAAAAGAGAUAGAGUUUCAUAGGCUUAAAGAACAAUAUUCAUCGUCCGCCUGAGUACCACUCAGCAGAUUAUGGCAUUCUGUUGGAUAAGCUUGAGAAUCGAUCAUAAAUGAAUCCAAGCAUAAACUAAAUAAGUGAUUCCAUUGAAGGCCUCCAAAUGAGUAACGUUUGUUUUGUUUAAAUAAAAAAACUCUUUUAAAGUUGGAAUAUUGAAAUAGAUUCUGAGAUAUAGUUAUGCAGUGCAUUUCAAACUUAGCACACUUUAAUUAUUAAAACAUUUUUUGUUAUUAUUUUAUUUAUGUCGAAAAUAGGAUGAGAUAUAAUUAUACGAUGUUGACUCUUAGGAGAAUUUAUAAUCCAAUUUUCAUGAUAUACAUAUACUGGGAUUCCACAAAUAUUCUAACAAUUUCUUGCAGAAUAGAAAAUAAUGCGCAAACUUUACGUUUUUAUAUUAAAAUAUAUUAAUGGAAAAUAUAAAUAAGGGUAUGAAAAAGUUGUAUGGAAACAAUGUAGAUUUGAAAUUGCAAGAAUGGAAUCAUACGUGAUUGAA